UCUUCUCCUCCUCGUGGCUCAGUUCACCAUGUGGCAGUACCCGAGUAACUGUUUGAGGCUGCGUCGGGUCUGCUGCCAAGAUCAGCCACGGCAGCUGGCCCUUCAAGACGCCGCCAGGAGUCCGCAUGCAGCGCCGGCGGCAGCCGCUGUGGAAGACUUCAAGUCGCUCCUCCGCCACGCCACGGUUGAUACAUUUGAGGAGGCUGGGGAAGCCAACCAUCGGCUGAGGAGCAAGGUGCAGUAUCUUGAGAGGCGGCUCAAGGCACUGCAGGGCGGCAUCCGGGAUUUUGCCAGCAGAGAGGACAAAAGCGCUCAGAUGUAAGUACGUAUGGCUUGGAAUGCAUAUGUGCGUGUGUGGAUGGAUGGAUGGAUGGAUGACACUGUCCCCCUGCAGGCUGAAUAGAAUGAAGGCGGAGAUCGGUCAGUUGCACCAUGACCGUGCCCUGCUCAUGGACCAGGCUGGUGCGCGGCAGACUCUGCAGUCUGAGCUCGACUACUGGUUCAAUGAGUGCAAGGCUCUCAAGCAGGAGCGAAACUUCCUCGCAGACCAGCUGCAGAUCAAGGCAUGCAUACGCGCAUCCAGAUCAUCCGGUCAUGCAUGUCGUUGACUUGGUUGCAGCUUGAUGGCCGCGAGCUGCGGGACUGGGUGGAGGAAAGAGACGAACUGAGAGGCAGGCUGCAAGUGAGUCAAAGAGGCACGCACACUCAGCCAAUGGCGAAUAUGUAUGUGCGUGUUCUUUCGUGCAGCAUGCGCUCGACUGGAUUGGGAGGCUCUCGACAGAGGUUGAUAUCAUCUCUGCUGACCCAUUGAUCAGUCUACAGUCUUCAAGACUCCCGCGCCCAGCAGCCCUUUCCCCAUAUGCUGACCUGCAAGAAGAGGAUGAGGAAGACAGCACGGCUGAGAGGGAGGGCGUUCCUGAGGCAGCACAAGAGACCACCCCCACAGAAGGGCAACAACCGGUCGGCGAAGUCCAGGAGACCCUCGCUGCUGCUGCUGAUGCUGCUGGUGACGAGGAAUCGCCCCCCGGUGUCUCUGCCAGGACGCCAGCGGAAGAAAAAACGGCAGAGACACAGCCGCGAGAGGAUACAAGGCCGACAAGGCGGGCUCCCCCCACUGAGAGGCGCGCAGCCGACUCCCGUGCAGCUGUUGCGACGGACCGCACACCGACUGACGCCAUCGGUAAGCCCGUGUGUGAACAGAGAGUGAAUCCCAUGUGUAGUGGUUCGUGUUGGGUGCAUGUGUCCAUGCCCAUGUAGGUGUGUCUCUGACUGUCCGCCGUGUCAACGAGUGCAUCCGUCAGUGUCAUCAGCAGAUGUCUGUCGCCCACGAGAGCGCCAGGAAGGUCAAGGGGUUUCUCUUCAAGCUGUUCGCAUGGAUCGUUUUCACGCUGCUUGGCAAGAGAAGGCAGCAGGUGAUGAAGUGGGGUCUGCGGAGGCUGAGAGACAACAACAGGGCCAAGGGUGUCGAGGAGGACAUCCAGAUUCUAGAAAGGGCUAACAGGUCAGAAGGAGGCCCGUGCAUCUGGGUGGGUGUCAGCUAGACUCUGUCUGUCCGGGCGAUGUCCCCCUUCAGGAAGCAAGAGAUGUCUCGGCGGACGACCAUCGUCGCUAUCAGGCGCACAAAUCAAGCUAUGGGCGCCCACUUCAAAGCAUGGAGGGUGAGUAAGGCUGUGACGGGGCAUGCCGUAUUGAUGCACCCCUUCGUGGCCUUUUAGGCGUUGCUCGAAGGGAAAAGAUACGCCAGAGCCGCCGUGUGUCGACUGGUUGCCGUCCUGUAUGCCAUCCAACGAGCCUUCCUGCAGGCCAGCUGGCAGCAGUGGGUUGGCGGUGAGCUACGGACGGCCUGGAGGGAGAGGGGCAGUCUUAGAAGCCGCUUCAAACGACUCGCACACGUACACAUAGCUGGCAAAAGAAAGCUAUGGCCACCUAUCCCCCGUGUGUCAUUUAUUGUCCCUUGCAUCUACUUGUCCAGCUGCGGCUCGGCCACUUCCUGUCCGCUAUUGAUUCGUCCCCCGAUCCUCUGGCUCAAUCCGUCUUCGACACUUGGCGGGCCUUUGUGAGCGAGCAGCAAGCCAUGAGGGCGUCGCUGGGCCAUCUGCACAGGCAGGACUCACUCACACACAUCGAUCCUACCCACCUGUGCCCAGUGUCUGGGAUGGGCUGAACUGCUCAUGCUUUGUUUUGAUCAGGCUUUGGAGAACUCUGUGCUCUGGCCUGGCGAGGCGUGCGCUAAAUGUGUGGAGGCGGAGCACAGUGAACAGACGCUUCGUUGACGCACGAAGGGAGGAGGCCAGCAAGACCAGAGAGGUUCAACGCACAAGAGCCGCCCGGGACAUGCUGAGCAUCGCGUCCCGAUACCACAGAGAGGUGAGUCAUCGAGGGGAGACAUAUUGGAGUCUUUGAACAAGAUCACACGCACCGCUGCGUGUCGCAGCAUGAUGGCCAUCUCUUGAGGAGUUGUUUCACGUCGUGGUUACGCCUUGCUCGUCUCUCCCAUGACAAGUCCCACGGGUGUGUCGGCUUGGCCAGAUCGAUAGGCAGGCUGGCCCUCCAAAAGGUACGAUGUGCCUUUUUGCGAUGGAAAAACUGCCUGGACGCCGACAUCCUGCGGAGACACGCACUGAUUCGCCUCGCGAGGUAACUGCCUGCACAAACAUGGAAGCAAGGCGCCCAUGCUUUUCUUUCCAUUCGACAGGGCCUGGAGGCAGCACACUCGUGUGUUGACACUUCGUGCUUUCCAUCUGCUGAGGCAGCACCGGGUGGAGAUCGCCGGCCACUCCUGGCUGCAGCAAAUGCGCCAGGAGACGGCCAUGAUGGUGGGUGGCGGCGCAAUGGGAGGUGGCCUUGUCAGCUACGGAGUCGGAGUCAGUCAGCCAGCAGUGGCGGGCCAGCCAUUCCGGCCUCCGACCGCCUUGCUGGGCGGCAGUCCACCGGUGACUCAUCCCCUCUCAGCGCAUCCUCCUCCCGCUGCGGUUCGACCGUCGACGACUGCAACUCUCGUCCGAUUUGUCGCCUGCUGGGCCCCCCAGGAUGACUCGAGAGUGCUCGCAAUGGCCUUCCAAGCUUGGCGUGCAUACAUUGGCCACUUCCGUGCUGCAAAGAGGGCCGCCCACCGCAUCGCAGGGAUUAUUCACCGCAGCUGGCUGACGGCGCUGUCUCGGGCACUCCAAUCGAUGAAGGCGUCGGUCGUCCGGGUAGUGGCAAAGCGGUCAGUGGAGGAGAGCGCCUUCUCUCGGCUGUCCCGUCUGCUGCAUCACGUCCGGCGGAGGCAGAUGCAAGAUGCGUGGCGACUGGUGGAGAAACGUGUCACGGCAGAGACUCACAAUCAUGUAAGUGAUCGAUCAAACACAGCGCUCCAGACACACAUAUAUGCUUGUAUCUCCACGUGCAGGUUUGGAGAGAGUUGAGGCGGCGGUCGCAGGCGUAUGCGGCCCGAUCGAUGAGCGUUGUAUUGGACCAGGUGGCCGUCGGUGUGGAGACUGACCUGCUCAAGGCCUGCCUCAGCGGCUGGAGGAAGAUCAAGAACGCCGCCAGAAGGCAACGCGAAGCAGUCACGCGCCUCGAGAGGUCCGACAGGACACAAAAGCAACGGAAAGCCGAUCAUCUUGUCCAUGUUGCUACGACAGGUCUUUGCAUCGCGUGCGACGGGGCGCCCUGUCCUUAUCGUGGCUGCUGUUGCGUGAACGAGACAUCGCAGCCAGGGAGCGAUCGCAGUCCGUCGCCACCAUCGCACAAACCUGCCGCACGUCUGGCGAGCGGCUGCUGUGCAUGAGCAUCUUCGGACACGUCGACCAGGCAGUCAGGAGCGCUGUCGAGAGUGCCUUCCAUAGGUGGUGCGAGGCAACCUCCCUGCAGAAGCGACGCGCCAAUGCCACACAUUGGUUCGAGAUGCGACUGAAGAGGAUUCAGCGGCGGCUCCUGCGAGAUGCUCUCCACAAGCUCACAUCACACAGAGACACCGCCAAGACAAAGGAGGUACAUAAGCCGCAACACAGCGUGAUGCAAAGCAGGCUUCAAACAUCCAUUCUCUAUUGCAUUGCCAGGUGGUGCAACGCGAGCGCGCCACGAGGAAGUCUCUCGGUGCCAUGCGGCUGUGCAACUCAAUCUCUGGCUGGGCGUCCACACGUGACAGGCUUCUUUCCUCACAAAUCUUUGCAGCUUGGCGUCGGUUCGUGUCGACUGAGCAGCUGAGGAGACAAGGGAUGAGGCAGCUCGCCAUGUGAGAAGAUACUUUGAUUAUGCGGAUGUUAUAUCCCGUCUGUUUGUCUGAAUAUUUCCUCUUCAGCGUGUGCGGCGACGUCGCCUACCAGCUCGAGCAAGAGGCGGUGAGCGCGUGGCGGCGGUAUUGCCAUCUGCAGCUUCGUCGGAUCAGCAUUGAGCAGCUGCAGCGGUCGGCAUCGCUGAACAUGCUGCGAAUGUUGGCCACCUGGAGUUCCAAUUCCGAGACAAACCUGCUCCGACAGAUUUGUCUGUCCUGGCGCAAGUCUGUCAGGGCGGCAACAGCCAAGAGGAAGGGCCUCGUGCGCAUCGCAAAGUGAGAUCAGAUGCGAAGAGGACGACUGUGUUCUCAACAAUGCGGCACCUUUUCUGUAGGUGGGUGAAGCGACUUGUGUUGACACGCACAUCAGGGGCGCUGCAGCAGCUGAGGGAAAGCAUGGCUGUCCGCCAAGCAAUGGAACAGGUAAGCACCAAACAAAUGGCCUGUCUAUGCAAUCUCAUGCAUCUGCUUUUCAGGCUGAAGGCGUCAUGGAUCUUGCGCAAGCGAGGCGUCAUGGCCAGCCUUUCAUGUCAGCGUGGCGAAGGUGGACCCUCCAGAGCCGCGACAAGAAGCAGUGCCUCCACCGCACACACUCAUUGCUCCUGCUGGCCGUCCAUCGGCAGUGCCGAGCAGCCUUCCACAGACUCAGAGACAACCUCAUGCACCGGGUAGAAAAGCAUCACAUUGGCUCUCUUUUUCUUGCAUCUCUCUCUUGUCUCACCCUCCAGGCCGUGGCAGCAUCCCAUGACCGGCGCCAGAGGGCUGGGGCGGCGAUGGCUGUCCGCGCUAUGGCUGAUGCCGUCAGGCGAGACCAUGUGCAGAGAGAACGGACGGCAUUUCAACACUGGACUGCAUAUCUAGCGCAACGGCGGCAGUUCAGAGCUGCAGCUCAGGCCAUCUCCAGGUAUGCUGCCAGUCAGUCAGUCGAUCACGCAGCACAGCAGAACUCUCUUGCUUCGGAAGCUCAUGCUCCCAUCUUGUUGCAGGGCGGUUUCUCGCUUGCACCUGUGGCAGCAGGCAAAUGCCUUCCACCUGCUACAAUGCCAAGCCUCCUCCAUCGCUCCCCCCGAGACGGAGAGUGCCCAACUCACUGCAGCCCGGCUGCUGUCUGCUGCUCUCGGGCGGGCCGCGUGGCGACUCGGUGUGGUGGCCGCCUUCUCCAGAUGGAGGCAGCGGGAGGUCCUCAUGAGCCGCCGGCAGUCGCAGCACCGCGCAGCCACGACAAACUUCCGCCGGAUGCUCACAAAUAUCGACCACGAAGAAGUGAGAGAGACCCUGCGACGGGCCUUCAACGCCUGGCGACGGUGGCGGGUUGAGGCGAGGCUGCACAAGGGGCUUGUGUGCUGGAUGAGAAGCAUGGACAACAGGUUGCGGUCGGCAGGGAUGAGGGAUGCAUUAUCGAAGCUCGCGCUCCAUUCCUCCGUGAGCGUCCUUGCAGUGGAUGCAGCGAUCGACCGGAGGAGACUGGUGGGGCUUCACCUUUCCGGGCUGCUCGCUGCCUGGAUGAGAAGGGUACGACACGAACGGAAGACUGAGCCCUUUGUACCUGGUGUCUCCGUUGUGCGUGGUUAUAUAGGUCUCAGGGCAGAGUGCCCGAGCUUGCCUGAGGCGUUUGGCUCUUCAUUCACAGAGGUGUGGGCGGAGACAGGCAGCGGCCAGGUCGCUGGUGGAUUGCAUGCAGGCCCUCUCAGUGGCUGCCCAGCGAAGGUGAGCAUAUGCACCUCCACAGCAGCCAUGGGUGUCACACAUUCAUUUCCUUUCGAGUUGCCAGGUGUCUGUCCAAGUGGCGUGAGUGGGCUCUCCAUGACGCGGUGGAUGAGGUGCAGCACGAGCGUCGUCUGGAUCGCCAGUCUCACGGCGCCAGGAGGCUGACAAGGGCGAUCAUCGCAUGGCAGAGCCAGGUCAGUCAACUGAAACAAGAGAGACUGCACACCACCUCCAUUAACGGAUGGCUCCAUUAACAGGAUGAUGGUGCGUUUCUGCGACGGGUCGUAAUGUCAUGGCGGCAAGCGGCCCACCAGACGCGAGAGCAGAGGAGGGCGGUGCCUCGGCUGAUCGACUGCCUCGAGAGGCGCCGCAUCCGCAAUAUGCAGGAGACGAUGACGUACUGGAAGGCAAGGGCCACGCGGGCCAACAUGCGAGAGGCGAGACGAAAGUCCAGUGUCGCACUGGGCCUUUUGAGGUGCCAGAGCACCGUGACAGUCAAUCAGGCCGACCUGAUGAUGCUGAGAGUGGCUUUCGGAGCCUGGUCACAGCACCGAGAUAGGCAGCGGGACCGCCGGAGACACGCUGCAUACCUCUGCAUGGUCAUGGGCGGCCUCAUGUGCCGGCGGAUGAAGCGAAGUGGGUUCGCGUCCCUCGCCCGCCGCCUGCACCAUGGCCGCUCCGAACAAGUGGUGAGCGAGUCCGUCCACUCACAUGUUUUCUUCAUGUGUGUGUGUGGUCAGAUGGACAGGUUGCGUGAGCAUCGGAGGCACUCUGCUAUCCAUUCACUUACCAAGACACUGGCCGUCUUGCCACCGGACCAGCUGCUCCCGAACUGCUUCAGAGGCUGGCUGUGGGUGGUCCAGCAGCAGAGGACGGAGGCCAGGGCUGUCACGAAGCUCACCAGGUGAAAGGGAAGAGUGCCUGGUCUCGUCAUUUGGUAUUUGCUUGCUGCACAUAUGCCUCUGGCUGAAGGGUGCUGCUGCACCGUGCAUCGAGCGCCUUGAGCCAAUUGCGACAUCUAGCCAGGGCCGAGAGACAGCGGACGCACGCCAUGCAGGAGGGCGCAGCUAUGGCCCAUCGGCGGUCGACACUUCGCCAGCUCACCAUGUCGCUCGACGCAUCAGCCAUGCAAGUGAGGCAGCCCUAGUACAUGCACAGAUACAUAAACGGAUGGCCUUGAAUUCAGGUUGACGAUGAUUUGCGGAGGAGGGCACUCGGAGGCUGGAGACGCGCUGUGGCCCACCAGCGCAGGAAACACCGCGCUGCCACCGCCAUGCUGAAAGGCAUCCACCGAAUCACCCUUCGGCGGGCGGCAGCAGCACUCGGUGGUCUUCGCAGAGGCCUGGACCGCGGCGAUUUCCACUUGCACUCGAGGGUGCUGCAGCAGUCCAUGGGGUGCUUUGCCCUUUCAUUUCUUACCACCGGCAUCAGGAGACGGAGACUGGGGGCUGCAUUCCAGCGGCUGGCAAGGUACGAAUGUCACGUUGCUGGUGACUUCUCUGCUUGCCACUCCUCUCUGUCCAUUCAGCCUGGAGCAGCUGGCGAGUGUCCAGACAUCCCACUGCCAGCUGCUGGAGUCAACACACACGAACCGACGCCUGGUUGCCGCCUUCGACCGAUUGAAAGGUCUCGUGUAUCGACGACGCCAGAAGGCGGCCCGCAGGCGGCUCCAUGACGCAUUGGAAGCCACCCGCCUGCUCAAAAUCGAGAGGCGAAUGCUGACCAAGUGGCGGGCCGCCCUGAGCCGCCGUCGGUCUGUCGCCCGCGGGGUCAACCAGGUGGACAGGGCAUUGAAUCGGUGGAUGCGCCGGCUGGCGCAUGACGCCCUGCAAAGAUGGUGCAAGGCGGCGGACAGGGGUCGGCAGACGCGUGAGUUGGGUGCCCGGCUGAGACAUGAGAGGCGCAUGGUGGUGGACAGGAUGGCGGUGCGGCAGAGCGAGAGGGGCGUUUGGGUGUCGAUGAGGUAUGUGUUGGCGCUGUGGCGGCAGGUCACCAAGGUCAAGAAGGCCUCGCGAAUCCUCAAGUACGCUCGACAGCCGGCUGCAUGUAAGAUGGCAGCCGUCGUUUGUUCUGUCGCUGGGUUGUGUGUAGGGUGACGAGUUUCUGUGUGGCCGUGUCGCGAAGCCGCCGGGAAGCACUCAGAUCAGCAUUCAUGGUCGGUCAGAGAAACACACGAGACACACAUGCAUCCCUUCGUCCCUCCCUGCUUUGAUGUCUUACAUGUGUCGCGUUGUCGUCCAGCGUCUUCACAUCUUUGCGUUGGAGGAGGUCAUGGUCGAGGAGCGCCAGUCGUUCGAGACACACCUGGCCAGGACACACACACUCGAGUGCAGCACCCUAGCGUACGUGCAGGAGUGUCUCAGCUGCCUCACGCAAACACUGCAGCAGGCCCAGCAGCAACAGGCCGCCGAGGCCACCGACGUGGCUGCAGACGUGCAGUCGGCACUCGAGCAGGUAGGGAGUGUGCAACUCCAACCAGACUUCAACAUGUCGCUCAUAAUAUUCAGGUGCACACAUCCCUGCUGGGGCUGCGCAAGACAUAUGGAGAGAUGCGUAAGGCGCGUGCGUCGCCGAUCAGUGAGACCGCGUUGGAUGGGGGCAGCUGCCCCAGGUGUCCCCUAAGCCUGCCCCCAUCCACCCUAUCGAGCCCCCUGCCUAUUCCCCUUCACCAUCUAUACCAGGCGACAGACACCAACAGCACCAUUUCGUAGCACACUGGCGCGCUCGCCGAUUGAUUUGUUGUUCUCCGUGGUGGAUGCGAAUCACGUCAUCGCUUUUUGUUUGAGUGUCUGUUGUACUCUUUAUCAUCGUAAUGAUGAGAAAUCAAU